AUGUCAAGAGAUAUCAUCUUAUUCGCCGGCCAAGGAUCGGACUUGUCCUUUGACAAGGUCGACAUCCUUUCAGUCUCCGCCAUAGCUACAUCCUUUCUUGAAGCAUGCCACAACGCACUUCAAUCCGACUUGAAAAGUCUAACAGCCGCUGAAAAGCGUGCUGCAGGCGACCUACUGGAUUGUUUUCCAUCCCCAAAUAGCCUCCUCGAUACCCGCUUGCAGAAGAACCCUGUGGUGCAAGGGCUGUCAUUGUAUACCCACCAGAUACUGGAAUACAUCGCAUACUGGUCAGAACAUACAGAGGAACCUCCAACUAUUUCCGAGACUGUUGGUUUCUGCUCUGGUAUUCUGCCGGCAGUGGCCAUCAGUGUUUGUCCGUCACCGGAAUCACCGGAUUUUAUCGAAGUCGCAGUUGAUGGAUUUAGGUUCGCAUUCUGGAUCGGUCUUCGAGACGCCCUCUUUUGUCGCAAGGUGGUGGGAGAUAAGUGGCGAUCUUUUCCUUGGUCUCUGACUAUACACGGGCUAUCCAGGCCAGAACUGGAGAAGCUGUUGCUUGAGUACAGUCAAACGACUUCCGCAGAGUUGGCCCCACGGAUAGCCGCCAUACUCUCAGAGAAGGUUAUCUCAGUCUCAGGGGAAGGCGAAGCUCUCCGCGAGUUUAAAGCCGAGUGUCUUCCGGAAGGCACAAGAUCACGCUUCGCCAAUAUUCAUGGGUUCUACCAUGGUGGUGAAGCCCUCCAUGAGGUGCUCGAGGACGUCAAGCGUGACGUGGACGGACAAGGCAUCCGAAUUUCUUCGUGGAAAUCCCUCAAGCUCCCCGUUCGCUCGGCGCUGAACGGAGAAUACUUCAAGCCUAAUACAUCCUCAGCCACGCUUCUGGAGGCAGUCCUCAAACAUAUCCUAGUGGAUCAAGUCGACUGGAGUACGACCUCCGAUGCGAUUCUCAGCACUCUGGUGCAUCAACUUCAUCAAGACCAAUCCCUCCAGUACAAGAUCAUUCCCGUUGGGCCGAACACCAAGCCGCUGUUGCGGGCAAUCAAAUCUGGACGGGAGCACCCAAGGCUUCGCAUUGCGAGCCCCACGUCUAAGCCCAUCGACGGCCCCUCUGCAGAUGACAUCGCAAUAGUGGGGAUGAGCGUGAAUUAUCCCUCUGGCCAAGGGCCCGAACAGCUUUGGGACACGUUAGAGAGAGGUCUCAACUCGGUCCAAGAAAUCCCUUCUUCUAGGUUUCAGAUAUCCGAUUACUACGACCCCUCGGAGUCCAAACAUCCGCGGAAGAUGAAAGCACGACAUGGCAACUUCCUGGAGAAUCCUUUCGAGUUCGACAACAAUUUCUUUCAAAUCUCGCCCAGAGAAGCCAAAUCGAUGGACCCACAGCAGCGCUUGCUUCUCCACGCGGCUCUCGAGGCCUUGCAAGACGCUGGGUAUGCUCCAGACUCCACACCCUCGUUCCAGAGAGAGAGCACUGGCGUUUACAUCGGCGUUGCCACUCUCGAUUACGUGGACAAUAUGCGGAACGAUAUUGAUGUCUACUACAGCCCUGGCACUCUCCGGGCCUUCCUGAGUGGGAGAAUAUCCUACGCUUUUCAACUCAAGGGGCCGUCAGUGGUAUCGGAUACGGCCUGCUCCUCCUCCACAGUGGCUCUCUACCAAGCUUGUAGAGCUCUGCAGUCAGGAGACUGCAGUUCCGCCCUGGUCGGUGGUGUGAAUGUUAUCUCCAGCCCGGAUAUGUAUCUUGGCUUAUCCCGCGCACAUUUCCUAAGUCCCACAGGACAGUGUAAACCUUGGGAUGCUUCCGCGGAUGGAUACUGUCGCGCUGAGGGAUGUGCUAUGUUUGUGCUUAAGAAGCUACGCGACGCUGUUGCGGAAGGCGAUCGCAUCUACGGAGUCAUCCGCGGGAUUCAAGUCAAUCAGUGCGGGACUGCCAAAAGUAUCACGCACCCAGACUCAAGCACGCAGGCAAAGCUAUUCAAGAGCCUUAUCUCGCGGGCGAAUAUUAACCCUGACUCCAUCAGCGUCGUCGAAGCACAUGGCACUGGCACCCAGGCAGGCGACUAUGCUGAGGUCAAUAGCCUUCAAUCCGUUUUCGGAAAACGCGACUCCCACAAACCUCUGGUGGUUUCCUCCAUCAAGGGUAACAUCGGCCACGCAGAGGCUGCCUCGGGCGCUGCAGGACUGGCCAAAAUCCUUCUCAUGAUGCAGAAGAAGCAGAUACCUCCCCAGGCCGCGUACAAGACGCUCAAUCCGCGACUUUCGACCAUUGCUGAGCACAACAUCAUCGUCCCUACCCAAACUAUGAAAUGGAGAACGCCAGCUGGUGCGCCUAGGAGAGCGAUGCUCAACAACUUUGGUGCGGCGGGUUCGAACGCCGCUGUGCUCAUCGAAGAGUAUAUUCAACCACCGAAACAGAAGCUGCCAGCACCAUCCCACCACGUCUUCAACCUCUCCGCAAAAACUGUCAACGCUCUUGAGCGGCUUCGGGACUCUUACUGUGCGUAUAUCGAGGAGAAUUCCGAGAAGUCGUCACUCUCAAGUAUCUGCUACACUGCAAACGCGCGCAGGCAAGAGUUCGAUGCGUUCCGCCUCUCGGUUACUGGACAAUCACCCGCCGACCUCAUCCAGAAGCUCCGCCAAAGUAAACCACCUGCACGGGGGCAGACAAGAGAUAAGUUGACCGUUUUCGUCUUCUCUGGCCAGGGCAGCGUCUACCAGGGCAUGGGUGCCGAACUGUUAGCUACCGCACCCAUUUUCCGUGAUAAUGUGCACCGUUGCAAUGCAAUAUUGGCCGAUCUUGGGUUUUCCGGCGUCAAUGCAUUCAUCGGAGAUGACAAGAACGCAUUCGAAGCAUUGGCGCCCAAGGAGCGAGCAAUCCUGUGUCAAUGCGCUUGCUUCGUGGUCGAGUAUAGUCUUGCGCAGCUCUGGCUGGCUUGGGGUGUCAAGCCUGAUAUCCUGAUCGGCCACAGCCUUGGUGAAUAUGCUGCGCUCGCCACGUCCGGGGUUCUGAAGCUCCACGAUGCACUCCUUCUGGUGGCUCGGCGAGCACUGCUAAUGGCCGAACUCUGUCAAGAGGGACGUACAGGUAUGGCCGCAGUAUGCAUGCCAUCUGCGAAAGUGGAGGAACUCCUGUCGUCCAGUACGAGUAUGACGGGUCUCCAAAUCGCUUGUUACAACAGCGUAGAAGACUGUGUGGUUGCUGGCCCACUUUCUUCGCUCGAUGCCCUUGUUCACGCCUGUAAGUCCUCUGGACACAAGGCGAAGCGGUUGGAUGUACCCUUUGGCUUCCACUCCCCUGCUCUGGAUCCAAUUCUGGAGCCAUAUGCGGAACUAGCCUCAACCAUCAAGACUAGUGCUGGCACCAUUCCCAUCGCUUCCAGUUAUCUCGGCACACUUCUCUCGCCUCACGAUGUUGAUGCGGAAUACUUCGUUGGCCACGCGCGUCAGCCGGUGGAGUUCGUGCGCGCUACCCAGACGAUUUCUCGGAUUGCGGGCGACAGAGCGAUGACGUUCCUCGAGAUAGGACCUUCACCCAUCACUUUGCCAAUGCUCAAGGCCACCCUGAGGCAGAGCGAGCCGACUUUGCUCCCAUCUUUGAAGCCUUCAGAACAGCCGUGGGCCACAAUGAGCAGUACGCUGAGCUCACUUUUCCUUCAGCGCUACAGUAUCCAUUGGCGCCAGAUUUACGCUGCUCUCGAUGCCCAAUUUGUUCCGGAUUUCCCUCACUACCCGCUCUCACCAUCCACGUUCGUUGUGCCCUUCAGAGAGUCUACGCUCGGCGCUAAGGCUGCAGAGCUGGAACCAGCCGAGUCACCGUUUUCCUUUAUCGGCUCGCGAACAUCUUCGAAGGAGGGAACGAUGUUUACAUCCAAGAUAUCGAAGCUGGCCGAUUACAUCAAGGCUCACAACGUUGGCGGCGCUCCGCUUUGUCCAGCCUCUGUAUAUAUUGAGCUCGCCUUUGAGGCGCUCAGUCUCGUUCAUCCCGACAACGACCAAUACUAUCAAGUUACCGAGCUGACCUUCGAUAAGCCACUUGUCUACUCCGAAGGCAACGACGUUGAAGUUAACACCUUUCUCAAGGCCGAUGGGUCAUCGUUCCACGUGCUUUCCGAGGGCAGCAAAGUUCAUUGUACAGGGUCCGUGACCACGAAACCUGAUAAUGCAGUUGUCAAGAACUUUGGAUUGAAGGCCUCCUACGUCAAGCGACAACGAGACUCCGUAUCGUUCGUCGACACCUUCUCCUCCCGGAUGAUCUAUCAGGUCGUCUUCCCUCGGGUUGUGAACUACUCCGAGCCCUACACCACGAUCAGCAGCUUGAGCGUAGCAGCAUCGGGGUUGGAGGCAGUAGGUAGAUUCCGACUGCCGAUAACCGGAAGCGACGGCUUCGUCUGCGCGCCCACCUUCACCGACACACUUCUUCAUGCCGCAGGUUUCGUUGCGAACAGUAGAAUCAAAGCCGACGAAGCCUGCAUUUGUGCCAGACUUGAAAAUGUAAUCGUACCCAGCCCCGAGGCCAUAAGAUCUCUGUACAACUCUGAAAUGGGCCUAUAUUGCGGCUUGGUCGAGUACUCUCAGGACUUCAUUAUUGGGGACGCAUACGCGCUCGAUGGAGCUGGAAAUGUCGUUGCCUGUGUAGAGGGCAUGCACUUCAAGAAGCUACGAUUGAGCUCCUUCCAGGACCAACUCUCCCGUAUCCUCAAGCCAAAAGCCUCUCCUCAGGGAGGAAGGCGACCUCUAGCAGAGCAGGCUACGGCACCCAAAGCACAACCCCGUCCUGCGCUUCCUGUUGAGGAGAAUGGGCAUCACGAUGAGAGCGGACCCAGAAAGGCUGAGUCUACCGAGGACGUUCGCGGAACAUUGCACACCAUCAUAUCCGAGCUGUGUGGCGUCCCUGGGCCCAUAGACGCGCAGAAGAGGUUGUCAGAGAUGGGCGUGGAUUCACUCCUCUUCAUCGAACUCACUGCAGCGUUGCAGAAGGCAUUCCCCCAGUUUGGGCUAGGUGACUCCGCGUUCUCGAAGUGCGAGACAGUCCAAGAUGUGGAGAAGGUUCUGCAGCAAGCGAAAGGCCCAGAUUCAAAUCCGGAGGCUCCAGCAGGUCGGAACGGUAGGGCAUGUGCGGGACGUGAGGUUUCAAAUGCAGAAUCGAUUCGUGCAAAAGACGAGCAUCGCAUAGACGAGUUCUUCAAAGAGGUCUGUGGCUUCUCAAUCAACGGCAUGGACGACAGCACAACCUUGGACUCUCUCGGGGUAGACUCUCUUCUAUCCAUCGAGCUAGCGGCAAGCCUGCGGGAGGGCUUUGGCGUGGAGCUGGAUGAAAACAGUGUCUCGAAGCUUAGCAUUGGUCAAAUCAAGAAGGCAAUGGCCUACAGCGCAGCCUCUACGCCGCCAUCGGAGCCCCUGGACCAGCCAAUCGAGAUUUCGGUAUCGGAACCGGAUUCCUCCUACGCUUCGGAUGCUGAAGACCUUCCCCCGGCUGCGAUCCCGGGAAGGGACACCUUUCCAGCCCCCCUGUACAGGGCUGCAGAUAAGCCCGACAGACCCCCGCUCUUCCUGUUCCACGACGGCAGCGGAUUAUGCAACGUGUACGGCCGCCUCCAGAAUAUAGACCGGGAUGUUUAUGGCAUCUUCAGCCUUGACUUCUCCUCGGUGGACACCUCUAUCGGUACGAUGGAGGAAUUAGCAUCUCGUUACAUAGAUCGGGCGGGAUUCAUGAAGAUGGGCCCGAUCGUUUUGGGCGGCUGGAGUUUUGGAGGUGUCCUUGCCUUCGAAGUAUCCCGUCAGUUGCGCAAGCGCGGUAAGCACGAUGUCUUGGGCGUGAUAUUGAUUGACUCGCCCCAUCCCGUCCGCCACGAGCCACUCCCGGAAGCUGUAAUAUCACACGUCUGUAGCCAAAUGCCCGCUCACUCGCCCGCCUUGCGCAGCCUUCGGUCUGCCAUCGCCGCGCAGUUCCGUCGUAAUGCCAGUCUCCUUGCCAAAUACGCCCCGCAACCGGAGAAGAGCUGGCAGUGUGUGAUGCUCAAAUGCAAAGACACGUUCGAUACGAAAGAGCUGUGCGGAGUCGAUUAUCCCUGGCUCAGCGAUGUUGAGUUCCGUCAGGCGAGUGUUGGAGAAUGGGAAAGAUUAUCGGGAGGGAAGAUUCCAGUCGUGGAAGUGAAGGGUAACCAUUUCGAUCUUUUCGAAAAGGGAAAUAUCGAGGAUGUAUCGCGACAAUUAGUGCGGGCGUCCCAACGACUCCAGGGUACGCUGAACCACAAGACUGAAGGUGUCGAUUUUGAUGCUCAAGCGAUGUCAAGGACCGUCAAAAAGUGGACUCCCGAAGAGGAUGAGAUACUAUUGCAGCAGGUCACACUCCUGUCUACGCAGAACAAAGUAAAAGACUGGACCGCCAUCGCGAGCGCCAUACCGGGUCGCUCGAACAAAGACUGCCGCAAGAGGUGGUGCAAUCACCUAGUGGGAGGUCUGAGAAAGGGACCUUGGGAUCCCAGUGAGGAUCGGCGGCUUUCAAUAGGCGUCAAGGAGUACGGUCCUCAGUGGCCUCUGGUGGCUGAGGAAGUUGGUACCAGAAGUGCAGACCAGUGCGCCAAGCGGUGGCAACAUUCUCUAGAUCCAUCGCUAGAUCACAGCAAGUGGACAGAGGAGGAGGACAAAGAGCUUUUGGAUGCUGUUAAGAAACACGGCCGCGCCUGGAAGCAUAUCCAAACACAGUAUUUCCCAGGUCGAGCCACAAACAACGUGAAAAACAGAUACACCACAUUAACUCGGAAGCGUGAUUCGCAAACCCCGGGAGUGGGAGACCACAACAAUCGAGAAGGCUCCGAGAGCAACGGCGAUAACGACGACGAAGCGAGCAGCGCAGGGGUGAUGUCUUCAUCACCGUCGGUCACUCAACUGCCAAAAUUGAUCCCAGACGAGCCCACGAUUGUACCCAAAGAUACUCUACUCUAUGCCACGCACCAGACAUCCGAUCCCUUUUCGGUGGAUCUGUUCGCAAGUCAGGUCUCAGCCACUAUGGAUAUCGACCUACCAACGACGGAUACAUUCACCGCCGAUAUACCCUUCGCACUGAAUACCAGUAUCUCCAAUACCCGUAUUGCCCUUGGCGAACCUUCCACCUCAACCAGCGUGGACCAUACGCCGUCCUUGUUUACACCCACAACAACAACACCGCACACGCAUUCAUCGACAUUGUUUGAUUCUCGAACAGACACGCAUGGGCCGGGUAUGAAGCUGAAUUUGGAUUUCCUCAAGAAUACACCCACGGAGUUUGUCCUCACGCUAGAAAGCCCUCAGCCGGAUACAAUCAAGGAGAUAAUGGGAGUGUUGGUUUGUUCCAAGACAAAAUUCAAGAUGGAAAAGCGGAACUAA